AUGCCUAUCGUCCAAGACUCCAACACUAGUGCCGCCAACCUCAAUACCGUUACUCAUAUCGACUCCAACACUAGUGCUGCCAACCUUAAUACUGCUACUCAUAUCUUUAAUGUUACCAACAUCAAUGCCGCUCAUAACCUUAAUGCAGCUAAUACUGCCAACACCAACAUUCUAACUACUCAACCCCUUAAUCUUGCCGACACCGAUAUAAUUCAGCCUUCUCAUAGCCUCAGUACUACCAAUAUUAACAUUGUAGAGUCUGCUUAUAACCUUG